GUACGCAGCUACGAGUACAAGCUCCCAACAACAACAAUUAACAUCUCCAACCAUGAGAUUUUCUUCCUUAUUACCGUCCGCGCUGGUGCUAGGUGCAGGAAUAGCAGAGGCAGCUUCAGGAUGGAAUUUCGACGAGGCAAUUAUUUCAGUCAGCGCAAAGGGAGCUGCUGGAGCUGCGGGAGCAUUUAAAGACAAGUACGUUCUUACCGAUUUCACGGAAACAUAUAAUUUCAAUUGAGGCGCAAUUGUACUGAUUAUUUUUCUAUAGAUUAUCCGACCAUGUUCCCCUCUCAAAACCAGUUACUUUAGGGCAAACAGAAACCCUCAAGAUCAUCCUAACAGCCACCGAGAACGGCGAGCCCAAAAGACCACACCAAGCUUUCCUGCUCCUCCGAGACCAAGAUACCGGACUCGAAGAAACAUUUCCCUUACAAACCAAAGAAAGUGGAAAGGGCAAGGUCGAUUUUGUACGUUCCCAAGACACCCAUUCGUUUUCGCGUAAACUAACAGGCAACCCUAAAGUCCCAAAAAGACCUCCCAAUCCAACUCCUCACCUCCUCGCAACCCCUCCGAGCCACCCUUCUGCUCGCCUCCUUCGGCAGCACCCAAGCAUUCGCCAACCACGUCUUCAACUUGGACAUCCAAACCGACCCCAACGUCGCGAAACCAAAAUACGAGAAGCCAUUGAGAUACGGACAAUUGGGAGAGAUCAACCAUAUCUUCAAAGCCGAUCCUAAGAGCGGCCCAGUGAUCAUCUCGCUUCUCUUCACUGUUGCUGUUGUAGCUGCAGUCCCAAUUUUAUUUGGAUCGGUAAGUCAUGCGUUUUGUGAAUCUAGGAGAAGGGAUUCUUACUAAUAUGUGUAUAGUGGGUACUCCUUGGAGCUAACCUUUCUCACCUGCCCAAAGCCACUGCUGCGGCGCCUGUCUCUCACUCGCUUUUCUUCAGCUCGAUUUUGGGUAUGGAGGGGAUUUUCUUCCUUUACUAUUAUAACUGGAGUUUGUUCGAGAUGCUACCCGUUGCUGGAGUUAUUGGACUUGUCACCUUCUUGAGUGGAAGCAAGGCUUUAUCUGAGGUUCAGAGCCGUCGUCUUGCUGGUGAGAGGUAA